AUGCCAUUUGAAGAGCUCAUAAAGGAAGUUAAUGGUAACAUUGCACAAGAGAAAAAGAAACGAGCUAGACUGAAAGACCUGGAUCUCAUUGUGCUGGACAAUUCACUUCGUGAGAGCACUGUGGGUCAGCUCCGUGGGCACACACUAGAAAACAAACGCAAGAUUUACGAUGAGGUCAGAAAGUGUGGAUUCCAGUACAAAAUUGUGGCGGCCUACUCCCAUAUGCCACGUGUUGACGACACCUGGGUCGAACAGAUCGUCCGUGAUUGUGAGGAAGAAUUUGGUCCCAAUACCAUUACAAGUGAUCUUCUGAGUGGUAUAAUAUGCCUGAUAACUGUUGUGUGCCGCUAUGCUGAGCCUUUGCGUAUUUGUAUCACUGGUGCUGCUGGACAGAUUGCUUACUCUCUACUCUAUUCUGUUUGCAAAGGAGAUGUGUUUGGAACUAAUCAGCCACUGAGUGUACUCUUGCUGGAUAUUGUUCCUAUGAUGCCUGUAUUGGAGGGUGUAGUGAUGGAAUUGCAAGACUGUGCCUUUCCUUUAUUGCAAGAGGUAAUUUCAACUUCUGAGCCAGGUGAGGCAUUCAGCAACAUUGAUGUGGCCAUUCUGGUUGGAGCCAUGCCACGAAAACAAGGAAUGGAGAGAAAAGAUCUUCUGAAAGCUAAUGCUAAGAUCUUUGUUGAACAGGGAAAGGCCCUGAAUCAACAUGCCAAGAAAACUGUCAAGGUGUUGGUUGUUGGGAACCCUGCAAACACAAACUGUAUGGUGGCCAAGAUGAAUGCUCCAUCCAUUCCACCUGAAAAUUUUACAUGCCUGAUGCGGCUGGACUUGAACAGGGCAAAGGCACAGGUAAAUGAGAUAGACCAAUGGUUGUACUAUGGGAAAAAUCAUUACCUGACAAGGUAAUUGCAUGGGAAAACAAUGUCACUUACAGUGUAGCCUUGCUUUUAACUCGCAAUUCCACACUUAAUACCUCGCUUUGUUAACCAAUCAGAAUGCAAGAUUUUAUUCAGUUAUGUGAUUCUAACAUUAAUUCAUCCUGAUUCACCAGGU